CAACAAACGUAAUUAAAUACAGCAAACAACGUAUCACACGUCAACACGUGUACAGAGAAAACGAAACUUCUGGAAAAUGUAUUCCUUUGACGUACCUUCUCGUUCAUUCUUUUAUCUCUCUUCCCUUUUUCAUUUUCUUUUCCUCAACUUUCUACAUCUUUCUUGGUCCUUACGCGAACAUUCUAGAAUCCUAACACCUAACGCUCCCGAUCUUCAUCGUCUACAAUCAGAUUGAUCACAUCAUUCUCCAACACAAAGCUGGUUUAGAGGAUAUGGCUCCUCCACCGAUGGACCGCAGCAGCGGCGGAGAAUCAUCGGCUGCAGAAACGACUUCCAGAUCUCUUCCAACGCCAUUUUUGACCAAAACUUAUCAGCUUGUUGAUGAUAAAGCGAUCGACGAUGUAAUCUCCUGGAACGAAGACGGAUCUACCUUCAUCGUUUGGAAUCCUAUAGAAUUCGCUAAGGAUUUCCUCCCGAAAUACUUUAAGCAUAAUAAUUUCUCUAGCUUUGUCCGCCAGUUAAACACCUAUGGAUUCAGAAAGGUUGUGCCGGAUCGAUGGGAGUUUUCAAACGACUGCUUUCGUAGAGGAGAAAAACGGUUGUUAUGCGACAUACAACGUCGAAAAAUCGGUUCGGUUUCAUCAGCACCACCAGCAGUUGCAGCUACUACGGUGGUAACGGUGGCAACAGUGGCAGCGGUAUCACCAGCUAAACAUACUACGGUUUCUCCUAGCAACUCCGGCGAAGAACAAGUACUAUCGUCGAACUCAUCUCAAGGCGCUACGACUAAUUUAUCAACAGCUUGUAACGGAUCCGAUGCGGAAUUGAUCGGUGAAAACGAGAGGUUACGAAGAGAAAACCUUCAACUCAACAAAGAGUUAAUUCAGAUGAAACAGUUAUGCAACAGUAUAUAUGUAAUGAUGUCAAAUUAUGCAACCAACACAACCAACAGUCCUUCGGAUUCCACCUCUGUUAAACCACUCGAACUCCUACCGUUGAAGCGCUCUUCUGAAGACUCCGGUGGCGGUGGAAGUGGAACAACUGAAGAGUUUAUAAACCCUAGGUUGUUCGGUGUACCGAUAGGUAUGAAACGUGUGAGAGAGGACGGCGGUGAUGCGGCGGAGCUGCGGUUGGAACCGCCGGGAGACGGUGUUAAACUGGAGCCGUUGGAUGAUAACGUAAAGUGGAGUGGUGUUGAUUUGAAGUAAUCCACGUGGAUGAUAAAAAACCGUCAUAUGAGUUGGUGUGCAAGAAAAAAAAAUCUGGUUGAGAUAGUAACGGAAUCAACCUGUGGGGACAAGGAUAAAUUCCUUUUUAACUUUGGAACUUUUUCAUGUAUUUAUUAGAUGUUUUUUUUUUAAUAGGUUUUAAUUUUGAUGAAAGUUUUAGUGUAUUUUAGAUAUUUUUUUAAAUUUUAUUUGCUUUGGUGUUAGGAACUUAGGAUUACAUGUAGUUGGGAUGAUUAUUACUACAUAUUCGCUUUUUGGUUUUGAUAUAAAAGUGAUGUCAAAGAUGUAAGUUGAAUAUAGACAUUUGAUAUCGGUUGGUGGUGUG